AUGUUCUAACCUACAUUAAUCAUCACACCCAUCAUUUCUAAGAAUAUUUCCAUCAUCACAUUCUUCCUCCUUCACUUAAAUGUAAUCUCCGCAUUAGAAUAAACAAACUCCAUUUAUUUCAUCUGCAUAGUAUCCCGAUUAGCAGAGUUAACAUUUGUGAUUCUUCUUUUAUGGAAACUUACAGCUUUUACAAUUAUAAGCAUAAUCAAUGCACUCCAAACAAUUGAUCGAGCAUUCAACACAAUCAUUUUAAUCUAAGAAAUAGCCAGUUUGACAUUUAAUACAAUAGGAUUUUCUGGUUGAAUGAUUCAGUUGACAUUAAAUGCAAUUAGAUUAACAUUGAAAACAAAUAGAUUACUUUAGUACUUCAUUUGAACAAGAAUAGUUAGGAUCAAUCUUACAAUUAGAACAGCCAUCUCUAAUUACAUCAUUUCCAU